UUAGUCCAAAUGUGCGCAGUCCGCUUACGCAUGGCCACAGGUGGCCAAAAUUCAACUUGCCAGCGUCCCUGCCAAUGGUGUGGCUGAUGCUCAGACCAUACCACCCUCCGGCCCACCGUCCGUGAGGCUCAUGAAGGUCUUGCGUCUUCCCGAAGAAGAUGAGUCGCCGAUCUCAACGGCACCCGGAAGCCCUGAACUUCCUGCGUCCCUCCUUUUUGGGGAUAUCAACGACGCCGAGGCCCGAGACUGGUCCUUGGAGGUCGACGUGGUCGACGGGAAGCUCGCGCGGCUGGAGAUUGUCGAAGAUAGCGCUGCUUGUGGUAGCGAACUUAGUCCUCUGCCGGGUCUGGAGGGUCUCAGUUUGUGGUGACAGAGGCGUCCGAAAUCCGUACCUUCAGCUCCUUCACGAAUUCAGACGUCUUUUGCCAUUCUAUAGACCACCGCACCCGCACACUAUCGUUCCGAGCAAUCACAUGCAUUUUCUUUAUCGUCGGCUCACUCGCUGUACAUGUAGUAAUCAUCUAGCUAUCCCCUGGGAUUAGUUGUUCUCUCGCCCCUGUGUCACUUCUUCACCUGCGUUGAAAGGGUACCCUAAGUGCAUGUUUACACUGAACUGCGCCACCUAAGACCGUCAAUGUAUCAACAGCGAAAUCUCCCGUGCGAAAAGAAUGUACGCACGGGGAUGCGACAUCUGUCUUGUUUGCCCUGCGAACUGAGACAAACAAACAUCUCGAACCUCGAACCUCAUAAGACUAGCCGCCCACCCCACUGUUUGUUUCUUAACUCUCACUCCCUUCAACCUCAACGCGACAAGAACCCACAAACCAUGUCGAUUGAAGCCGUAGCGUAUCUCUGGAACGUCCCCGCCGCGCCCCACGCGUAUAUGAAGUC